AGUGCUAUACUGCUUGGCAAGGAGAAGUGGAAGGUGGUGUCAGUGACUAGAGAUUAGGGACGGUGGAAUUUUGCGUUUGUUACGCAGCAGCUGCCUCAGGUUGUUUCAGCACAAGGGGCAGAGUCCACAUGCACGGAAUGAACUGGCACUAGUAACAGGAAAAGGGACAGAGAGGGAGAGAGUGAGGAGAUAGGAGGCACAAGAAGAGACAGUGACAAGCAAUCAGACUGUAUCAGAUUUUGUGGAAAAUCUGACCAAGGAAAAUAUGCGUCUGGAAUAAGCUGUCUCCUGCGCCCCCCGUCCCUUUUUUUUUCUAUCCCAGCCAAACAUUGCUGGAAGGAAAGUGUGCAUAUGUAAAUUACUUCAGUUAAUCCUUGCUGUCUCUGCUACAAAGAGGACUCGUUUGCGAUGGUGAAAGAAAAAGUGGCCCAUUCCCAAGAACCUCACCACUCCACUGAGAAGCCUGUCAUCCACUGCCAUAAAUGUGAGGAGCCAUGUAAAGGCGAAGUGCUCCGUGUCCAGUCCAAGCAUUUUCACAUCAAAUGCUUCACCUGCAAAGUGUGUGGCUGUGACCUGGCCCAAGGAGGUUUUUUCAUUAAGAACGGGGAAUACCUCUGCUCUGUGGAUUACCAGCGCAUGUAUGGAACCCGCUGCAAUGGCUGUGGGGAAUUCGUGGAAGGAGAAGUAGUGACAGCUCUGGGAAAAACCUACCACCCGAACUGCUUUGCCUGCACUGUUUGCAAACGCCCGUUUCCACCAGGAGACCGGGUUACCUUCAAUGGAAGGGAUUGUCUCUGUCAAAUGUGUGCUCAGCCAAUGUCAUCCAGUCCAAAAGAGAUCUCCAGCUCAAGCAAUUGUGCUGGCUGUGGAAGAGAUAUAAAAAAUGGCCAAGCGCUGCUAGCACUGGAUAAGCAAUGGCACCUGGGAUGCUUUAAGUGCAAGGCCUGUGGCAAGGUCCUGACUGGGGAAUACAUCAGCAAGGAUGGUGCCCCUUAUUGUGAAAAGGACUACCAGGUUCUCUUUGGGGUCAAAUGUGAAUCGUGUCACCAGUUCAUUACUGGGAAGGUCCUAGAGGCAGGUGACAAGCAUUAUCAUCCGAGCUGUGCACGAUGCAGCAGAUGCAACCAAAUGUUCACGGAAGGAGAAGAAAUGUACCUGCAAGGUUCCACUGUAUGGCAUCCCGACUGUAAGCAGUCCACUAAGGCAGAAGAUAAGCUACGGCUGUUCUCACCUCCUUGCAUAAUGAACUCAAUCAAAAAACUAAGGCAGCCUACAAGAACAUCAUCUGAAAGUAUUUAUUCCAGACCAGGAUCCAGUAUUCCUGGCUCACCAGGCCAUACUAUCUAUGCAAAAGUAGACAAUGAGAUCCUUGAUUACAAGGAUUUAGCAGCUAUUCCCAAAGUCAAGGCCAUUUAUGACAUUGAACGUCCAGACCUAAUUACUUAUGAACCAUUCUACACUUCCGCCUACGAGGAGAGACAGGAGAGACAGAAUCUUGGAGAGUCUCCAAGGACACUGUCUCCCACCCCAUCUGCAGAAGGUUAUCAGGAUGUUCGGGAUCGGAUGAUUCACAGGUCAACCAGUCAGGGCUCUAUUAGUUCUCCGGUGUAUAGUCGACACAGCUACACUCCCACAAUGUCACGUUCCCCUCAGCAUUUCCACAGACCUGCUUCAUUCUACAUAGGCAAUGAGCCGUCCAGCGGUCGGAACUCCCCUGUCCCUUAUCGGCCAGACAGCCGCCCUCUAACUCCAACUUACGUUCAGGCCCCUAAACAUUUCCAUGUUCCAGAUCAAGGCAUCAACAUUUACAGGAAACCACCCAUCUAUAAACAACAUGAUGCAACUGCUUUGGCAGCACAGACCAAGUCCUCCGAGGAUAUCAUCAAGUCCUCCAAGUUCCCAGCAGCCCAUGCUCCAGAACCCAACGAGAUACCAAAGAUUGAGACAGACCACUGGCCAGGUCCUCCCUCACUUGCGGCUGUAGCAGGAGCCGACAUGAGACGCAGAUCAAGUGGCAGAGAGGAAGAAGAUGAAGAGCUACAGAGACGUCGGCAGCUACAGGAGGAGCAGCUUAUGAAGCUUAACUCUGGUCUCGGGCAAUUAAUACUAAAAGAAGAAAUGGAAAAGGAGACUCGCGAUAGGCCAGCUCUUUCAGCCAGUCGUUAUGAUUCUCGAGUUAAUUCAUCCUUACAUGCCUCGGCCUCCAAAACCUCCUCCCUCCCUGGAUAUGGAAGAAAUGGACUGCACAGGCCGGUGUCUACAGACUUUGGUCAGUACAAUAGUUAUGGGGAUGUGAGCGGUGGUGUUCGAGAUUUCCAGUCCCUCACGGAUGGUCAUGUCCCCGGAAUGAGAAUGGACAGAGGAGUGUCUAUGCCUAACAUGUUGGAACCAAAGAUUUUUCCAUAUGAAAUGCUCAUGGUGACCAACAGAGGGCGAAAUAAAAUAUUACGGGAUGUAGACAGAACCCGGCUUGAGCGUCACUUAGCACCGGAAGUUUUUCAAGAAAUAUUUGGCAUGACAAUACAAGAGUUUGACAAGUUACCUCUUUGGAGACGCAACGACAUGAAGAAGAAAGCAAAACUCUUUUAAUUCACUCUACAUUUAUAGCCCUUUAAACAAAACAAAAAACAAAUUGCAUAGGAUAUUGUAUGAUAAAGUCCAAAUUCUCUUUGGAGAGCAACUUACUCAUCCACCAAAAAGGGAAAAUCUGAAAAAGGCACCUGUAUUCAUAGCAAUUGGGCCAAGAUGAACACUUGCCAAUGGGGUAAAAAUUUCUGUGUUCAGAAACUUGAUGGUAGUGUGUAAACUUUUUACAUGUUGUACACAUGAUAGGAAGCGGUUCUUUUCUUCUCCCUCAAUAAUAUUCCCUUUAUUUUUGUCCAGAAUAUGACGAACUUUAUUGCUAGAGCCAGGAAGUGCUCUUAGGAUGCCUAGUAGAAUGAAAGAAUUGUAAUCAUUUCAAGAAAUGAAUAUGUAUACAUAUAUUCUGUAGUAUACCCAUAUGGUAAAAUUAAUCCUUUUUGCACACCAUUUCUUAACUGGCACUGUUUUAAAAGAGCAUAUUCUUUCUGUUAUGAAAGAACGAGGUAGGCAGUUUGCUCUGUUCCGCUGCAUACCAACCAAAUUAUUGGAAAACAAAUUCCCUGCUUGUACUUGUACUACAUAUAUGCUAGGAUAUCAAUAGUGAAUUGCUGUGUAUGUUUUCAGAUCUUCCCUCCUCCAUACUUUCUGCUUUAAUUAACAUGGCCUGGGCUUUACUAGUCAUUUAAGUAAAGGGAAUGGUGUAGAAGUGGCAGUUUUCUUCCUGUUUAGUCUGGGGAUUUAGGGUGGCUGGAGGAAAUGAAAGGGUUAAAAGGAAAUUCUUCUCAUGUAUGCUCCGGUGCACACCCAGAGACUUUGGGCCAAAUUCCCUGCUACUGAAAAAUGGCUCAGCUGCACUGAGUUGCACCAGCAGAGAAUUUUUUUCUGUGUGGGCAGACAUGCGAUUUAACCCCUUUUGGAAGAGGAAGGGAGGCUUCUGUGUGAAGUAGCCCUAUCUUGCACCAUGUUCUCCCAGUACAGUCUCAUUGGUUAAAUCGCUGUUGCAGACAUUGACGAUACUGCACAGUGUAUCAAGUUGAGCACUUUUUUUGUUGUUUGUUACCGUGUUUUCACUUAUGCUUUGAAAAGAGGGUUUGGAAUUUUUCAUGCUACAAAGAUGCAGCCUUGGUAUUUUGGUUUUUUGUUGUUUUUUUUUCCUUUGUGCCUGGCACACUUUGUAGGGUGUAGGAAAUCAUGCAGGAUAGUUUUUUGAAUCAAGUUAUGUUUAUUAUUGUUUGCAUUCUUUUCCCACUGUGCUCCAGAGUGUGAGGAUUGCCUGUAUAUAACUUCACUGCUUGGAAGGCGGUUGUGUUCACACAAGGACAUGAGGAACACAUUAACUUCCCCGAAUGAAUGCUUAGCUGCUGAAAGGUCAGCAUCUUUUCUACGUUGGUGCUGAACUGCUAAUGUAUCCCUCUCUUUUAUGAGUGUGCUAGUCUACAGAGGGAUGUCAAGAUUUUCCUUUUAGAUUUGAUAGUCUUCAUGGGAGACACCAGAGCCUUUUGUGUUUUCCGUUACUGGGGACUAACACAUAGACAUCAGGAGGAGGAGGUGGUUAGGUCUUUAAGGUCGUGUAGGAGAUGUGAGAUUCUAGAUCAUUGUAUUGAGUUCUGCACUUCUGCUCCAGCAGGACAGCAUGCUGUCCUAUAACUAAUCUUCUCAAUGUGCAGAAUUAAGCAAAUCCUGCUUUCUGUUUGCAGUCUCAGAGAGGCCUGAUCCAACAGAACCAGUGCAGUUCCACUGAAGAGAUCUGGGCAGAGGGUUUAGUAUUUGGAGGACCUAUCUAGGGAAUCCAUACAGCCUGCAUGCUAGAGAGCACAGCCAGGGGAAAAGGAUGGUGCAGACCAGAGGAUGAGCUGGUGGAGGUGCUGUAAUUCCAGUGACUUCAAUGGGGUUACAGCAAGGAUCAGUUCAGCAUGUUGUUUGUUUCACGUUCCAGCACAAGCAUAAUAAACACUUCCAGAUUACUAUUAACAAGUAAAUGGGAGUGGAAUAACUGAAAUGUGAGAAGCAAAUCCGGGUUACCAAUGAAACCAAACACAGCAUACUGAAGGGGCAAACAUCUUAUGAUUAGGGCGUUUGCUAGGGUUGGGACUGACUGAAAUUUGCUAUUUGUUUCUUGCAGAUUAUGGCUCAAUUUCAAGCUGGAUAUUUUGGGUAUCAGUUUUAAAAAAAUCCCUGAAAUUGUUUAGGCCCCAACCCUGCAGAUGACUCCUCAUGAACAUAGUGUGACAGAUGCUGGUGAGCAGUGAUUUCGAGGGUCAGCCUUAGUCUGCGUCUUUUUCCCCGUUCUAAUUUUCAGUUCAAAGGAUGCUUUCCUGCAUAGCACAGGAAAAGCUGCAAGCUUGCAGAUCACAUUGUUCCCUCCAUCUCUAGAUUUAUUAAUAAACAUCUGCACAACAGACACGGGAACUUUAUCCAGCGGAAAAGUUGAAAAUGGGCAAAGUUUGAAUUUCAAAAUAUCUGAUCUGGUUAUUUUCAGUGCUUUAUUUUCAAAAACCCAAGCUAUGAAAAAUGACUUAAGGUUAGAUUGUAUCUAUUUCUUACCAGUUUCUGACCUAUCGUCACUAUCCCUGCUUAGAAAGAAAUGAAAGAGAAGCCAAUUUAGAUGCUCCAGAUAUGUUAGCAAAAUCCUGAAGAUGAGUGUAGACUAUGUAGAAGCUGGUGUCAUUGUUCUUUACAACCAUAGGUUUCUCCAUUACUAAGAAAUACAUUGAGACAUUCAGGAAAGUUAAGAUGAAUCAAAUAAAUGUGUGAAGUUAAAGUACAUUAAUUACAGAGGAUUACACCCCUGUGUAAAUGCUGUCAUUCAAAACAAAAUGAUGUUAGUUCACUGUAGCUAAAUUCUCCGCUACUGUGAAUUAAUGUUGCUUUAUCUCACAACUUUAGUUAUUUCAUCUUAACUUUCCUGAAUGUCCCCGUGUACACAAACCCUAGGAAAUGCCAUGUCUUUAAGGAUCACUGCUGCAGCCCUGGGGCCUGUUUUCUCCAGUAAGCAGCUAGUAAUUCUCACCACAGGUUUUUCUACCUUCUCGUCAGGUGGAGAAGGCAAGUAGCAGCCUUAUAAACAGAGACAUAGCCCCAGGGAGAGGCUCCUUAGUCACUUCGUGAAUCAUUUCCCUAGUACCACUCCCAUAUUCUGUUGUUUUGAGGCAUAUCUUCAAGAUGUAGGUAAAUUUCCCCCUCCUUCUUCAACAUUCCCUGGAGAUGUGCUGCUGCUCAUGUAGGUUCCCAUUUGCAGAUAUAAAUGCAUAUUUGGAGCACACAGUUACCUGAUUGCUGAUGUGUUCGCAUGUUCUGAGUAUUAGCCUGGGUGUAAAUCAGUACAGAAUUUGGCCAUAGGCACUUCUUUUUGAAAAUGCCGCCCAUUAUUUAUUGCCUUUCAUUCAGGUCUGCAGUACCUAUACCAGCAGUGAUGAGAUUGCUGAGGAAUGCUGUGUGUAGCUUAGCAAUAUUUGUCAGUGUAGUUGGGAUCAAGUAAUAUGACUUACCAUUUUUGUCCCCUCUCCCGUCAACUAAGAGACAGAAAAAAGACACAAGAAUUUUUAUAUAAACCAGAAAGAAGGAAGACUUGGCCAGUCCAAUGUCCUUGCACUAUAUUGUAAGUGAACUCAUUUCCACUCAGGCUUGAAAAUCAGAAUAAUAGUGCAUUUAUCUUAAUAUGUGCAUUGUGUCUUUUCUGCAGAUUUUAGGAUUUAAGCCAGUAGCUGGAAGGAUAGAUUUGGAAGAUUUUAGACAUAUCUAACACUUUCAUCUUCCCGGUGAAACAUGAAACCAUUUUUUUCCCUUUCAAAACUUGUUUGAGAAGCUUCAUUAUAUUAUUUUUUCUUCCUUAGUGGAUAACUUCAUGCUGGUGUCACUUAAAACAGAUUGGAGUGCUGUUAAGAGUUUGAAAAGAUUGUCUAACGACAAUACACAUUUGUUCUCAGUUUCUGGUUAGUAACUGCUCCUUAAAUAUGCUUUGUGGUGACUUGUAAACUCAAAUCAGCUUCCAUAUGCGAUGAAAAGAAUCAGGCUGAAAAAGUAAUGAGAGGGUUAUUGGUCUUACAAGGUGAAAGACUUAAUUUUGUGAUUCUGAUAAUUUCCUGGUGUUUCCUCUCAGGCAUGGACUGUCUUUUCUUUGACGUUUGCCUGUUUUAAACUUUGACUUGCUCUGAUGCUGAAUGUUUUGCCAUCCUUUCCCCAUUCAGAGGCACACCUUGGAAAGUUGUCUUUGCCCAGAUGGUCCAAAAGUCCUAUCAUUUGGGGAGAGUCACUAAGUCUUUUUGGAAAGAUUUGUUAAGCUUGAAUUAGCCACCACCCUUUGAAGCCAAAUCCCUUUGAUACGUAGUUGCCUCUCUCAAGAUGUUUAUGCUGUGGCCAGUUUUAAAAUUCAAGUUAAUCUUUACAAAGAGAAAAUUAUUUUGUUCUGUUAUAAAUAUGGCAGGGAUGCCUUGAGGUGGGGAGUGAGUCUGGUUCAGCUAGGGUCCUCCAGGGCUCCUCAGAAGUGAGUUUAAACCACUUAAGAGGAAAUAAUUGCAGGUCAGCCAAGUGCUGCUCGUUCUCAAAGCCCCUUGAAGUCACUGGAGUCAUGGACAAAUGUAAAUCCAGAGUAACAGGUGUAAAUCAAGAGUAAGUCUACUGAAGUCAAUGGAAAAAAGCUGGUGUAAAAGGUGACCACAGAAUCAGCCCCUAGAAAGAGAGGAGAGCACUCAGCACUGCCAGUGCUGUAUCCCAAAGACCUAAUACUGAGCGAUCCUCAGCACCUGUAGGUCCCAUUGACUUCAAUGGAAGUUGGGAGAACUUAACCCUUAGAAGGGCUGGGCCUUAGGAUAGAGGAGUAUGUAAUGAAUGAAAAACCUCCUCUUUCUCUCCAUCCCUUUCCCCUCUUCGAUAUCUAUUAACACCCUUUCAGGAUUCAAUUGUGGGGGUAGGGGCGGUUUGGUCUUUGUUUUGUUACGACACACUCCACAUGUUGGACAUUACUUUAUAUCCACUGAAAAGAACAUUCACAAGAAGAUUCGCCACCCACCCCCAUUGGAGGGAACAAGCAAAGCACCCAACCUGUCCUGGAGCCAUGGUCAUCUCGGUCCACCACACACACUUGGGUCCUGAUCCUGCUGUCAGCACUCCCUUGAGCCGUCCCAGGGCCACUGCACUGUUCACCCACUCAGACUUCGUGGGGCCGCUCAGGCAAACAAGGGCAGCAGACACAUACUGGGGAGGGCUGGGGUAUGGUCUUAUGCUAUUGCAAUGUAAUGAGGAGCACAGAAAGUGCUACUGAGCUCUGUGAUGAGAGAACAAUGUGCCUUUCUCCUUUGGUAGGAAAACACCGCCAGUGGUUGGCUACAAGGCCCACAGUGGGUGGCAGCUGGUGUGGAUUUUGUCUUGUGAUUCCCUCCCCCACCUUGUGUGUCCCAUUUAAAUGAUAAGAAAACCAGUGUCAUGCACAGAUUUGGAUGUUCCAGUUGAAAGCCCCCCUUGUCAGGCAUCAUCUCUGACUCCAGUAAGCAUAUUAAUUUAAAUGUAAGGCACUGGUUCAGGAAGUGGGGAAAUAAUUGGCCAUCAGUGUUGUUGCCAUGAAUUACUUUAUUUCCCAAAGGGCUUCUAACAAGGAAAUGCAUUUAUGUUAAUUACUUCCUCAAAAUGUUCAUCCAAAGGAGAGAAUAUUGAUCCUACAUGCUUUGUGAUUGAAGCAGGCCUUACUUUUUGUUCUGGAGGCAAACAGGUGUUUCAGCUGUACAAUCUAGCAGAGUGUUCACAGUUAGUGUAUCAAACACAGCACUUUGGGCCAGAUUUUCAAAUGUAUUUAUGUGCCUAAUCCUAAAGAUGCAGAGAGGAAUUGAAAGUCACUGGGAGUUAGGUGCCUAUAUGCAUCUUUUGGACCUGAUCUAAAGCCCGUUGAAAUCAAUGGAAAGACUCCCAUUGACUUCAGCCUACUUUGGAUCAGGCCCUUAUUCAGCUGGCUAGGCCAGAAAAAUAUCUAUCCCAGAAGUCAUUUCUUCCCAUAGUAAUGAGAUUUUUGCAUCAUUAAUGAAAUUGUUCUGUGCAAGCAGUGUGACUGUUUGAGUUGCUAACAACCCUUGCAGUAAGGGUGCCUUAUAGAUGGUUAGGGUUUAAGUUUUGGGACAUAAAACGAACUUUAAAAAGAUAUUUUGUUUUAAGUUGAUAGAUUUUAGUGAUGGGGUUUUUGUUUUGUGCUAGGUUUCAUUUUGUUUUCUCCCCUUCCUUCAGAAACCUGACAAACCAGGCUUUUUUGAAAUAUUCCCUUUCUUUUUCAAUGGUUUGUGGGACAGCUCUAUUUCCGAGUCUUUCUGUAAAAGUGAAUUGGUGUUUGUCUAUACAGUAAGUCUGCUUGUUUGCGAAAUGAGAAGUUGACCGAGGUUGCUGUUCUGUACAUUUACUGAUCUUCUCUACUUUCAUAUUGCAAGCAACACAUAUUGCACUCCUAUGGCACUAUAAUCUGCAUCACUGUUGUACUCAGAUCAAGUUAAUGAAUAAAGUUUUGUGCUUUAUUCUUAA